AUGGAGUCUGCAGACAAGGGUUUGCUUGUAAAGAGUGACGGAGAAGAAGAAGAAGUCCGCGAGAAAGAUGGUUUUGUCCGGGAGAUGAAGAGGCUUGGUUACAUUGCUGGUCCAAUGGUUGCUGUAAAUUUGUCUAUGGAUUUUCUUCAAGUGAUAUCUAUAGUGAUGGUUGGUCAUCUCGGUGAGCUUUUCCUUUCUAGCACUGCCAUUGCCGUUUCUUUCUGUAGCGCCACCGGUUUCAGCCUUGUCUUUGGACUGGCUAGUGCAUUGGAGACUUUAUGUGGUCAAGCUAAUGGAGCUGAACAAUUUGAGAAACUUGGAGUACAUACUUACACAACGAUUCUCUCCUUGUAUAUCGUGUGUAUUCCUCUGUCUGUUCUCUGGAGUUACAUGGGUGAUAUACUUUCUCUCAUUGGACAAGAUCCUCUGGUUUCUCAAGAAGCUGGAAGGUUUGCAACUUGGCUCAUACCUGCGCUCUUUGCUUACGCCACGCUGCAGCCGCUAGUACAGUUUUUCCAAGCACAGAGUCUGAUUUUGCCUCUGAUUAUGAGCUCAAUCUCUGCUCUCUGUUGCCACGUUGUUCUCUGCUGGAGCUUGGUCUAUAAGUUUGGUCUUGGGAGCCUAGGUGCAGCUAUUGAGAUCGGCGUUUCUUACUGGCUAAACGUGACUGUCCUUGCAUUUUACAUGACGUUUUCUUCCAGCUGUAGCAAGAGCCGUGCAACUAUCUCCAUGAGUGUGAUUAAAGGAAUGAAAGAGUUUUUCUGGCUCGGAAUCCCAUCUGCGUCUAUGAUUUGCCUGGAGUGGUGGUCAUUCGAGUUUUUGAUCAUGCUCUCCGGGGUUUUACCAAAUUCAAAGCUAGAAACCUCUGUUCUCUCAGUGUGUCUCUCGACAAUCUCCUUUGCGUACCAUAUACCUGAGAGUCUCGGCGCAGCUGCAAGUACAAGAGUUGCAAACGAGUUAGGAGCUGGAAACCCGAAACAAGCUCGAAUAGCUGUGUACACAGUAAUGGUCAUUACAUGUGUAGAAUCAAUCAUGGUGAGUGCAUCAGUUUUUGGAGCAAGAAACGUAUUUGGAUACCUAUUCAGCUCCGAAGCCGAAGUUGUGGAUUAUGUAAGAUCAAUGGCUCCGCUGGUUGCUUUAUUAGUCAUAUUCGAUGCCCUUCACACAGUUCUCUCUGGUGUAGCUAGAGGAUCAGGGAGGCAAGACAUAGGGGCAUAUGUAAACCUAGCAGCCUACUAUCUCUGCGGCAUACCAACUGCGAUCAUAUUAGCUUUUGGGUUUAAAAUGGAAGGAAGAGGACUUUGGAUUGGGAUCACAGUUGGAUCCUUUGUACAAGCAGUUUUGCUCGGUCUCAUCGUCAGCCUCACCAACUGGGAACAACAGGCGAGAAAGGCGAGAGAAAGAGUGAUGAUAGGUGAGGAGUUUGAAGAUUAAGAUAAAAGUGAAUGAACGAUUUAAAGUUGGUGUUGUAUUCAGUACGAAUUUUAUUUCGGUGUUGUUGUUUUCGAUUAUUUAUGAGAAACUGAAAGUGUUUAC